GUUCCUUCCCACCCUUCCCAACCCAGGCCUGUGUAGUUCAACUCCUUGUGGGGUUUUGUUGUUGUUGUUGUUUUGUUUUUUUCGUUUUUUUCUUUUUUUGCCUACUGGCCAGAAUUUGAAAACAAUGCGAAGGUGGAAGGGAGCCACAAUGCAAAAAUUACACAAAAAUCGGGGCGGGGCAAAGGAGCUACGGUUACGCAAGAGAAUUAGUUGCCAAAGUUUCAGCUCAAAGUUUGGAAGACCCAGUGCGUUUUUCUCACUCGGCAGGGGAGGAGGAAGAAAGGGAGAAGGACGUUUUUAAACGUCUGUGAUUCUGCAAGAUGGGCAUCAUGGAGUUAUUCUCACCAUUAGUCAUCGCCGUCCUGGGAAGCUGUGUUCUUUUCUUAUUCUUUCGAUGGAAGAAUUUGCGCAGACCCCCGUGCAUCCAGGGCUGGAUUCCCUGGUUCGGAGUGGGAUUUGAGCUUGGGAAAGCCCCUCUUGAAUUUAUAGAGAAAGCAAGAAUCAAGUAUGGACCAGUAUUUACCAUCUUUGCCAUGGGGAACCGAAUGACCUUUGUUACUGAAGAAGAAGGAAUUGAUGUGUUUCUAAAAUCUAAGCACAUAGAUUUUGAACUAGCUGUGCAAAAUCCUGUCUAUCACACUGCACAGAUUCCAAAGAAUGUCUUUUUAACACUGCAUGAAAGACUGUAUGUCUUGAUGAAGGGGAAGAUGGGUACUUUCAGCAUACAUCAGUUUAUUGGGGAGCUGACUGAGAACUUUCAUGUGCAACUGGAAGAUUUAGGCACUCAUGGGAUAAUGGACCUGGACAACUUUGUAAGGCAUCUUUUUUAUCCAGCCACGAUCAACUCUCUCUUUAAGAAAGGGUUGUUUCUCACAGACGAGAGGAAAAUCAAGGAGUUCUACCAGCAUUUUAAAACUUACGAUGACAGUUUUGAGUAUGGAUCCCAGCUGCCAGAAUGGCUCCUGAGAAACUGGUCCAAGUCCAAAAGAUGGCUCCUGGAACUGUUAGAGAAAAAUAUUGAGGAAAUAAAAGCUCAGAAGUCUGCAGGUCAUUCUGAGACCCUCUUGCAGAUCAUACUGGAUACUGUGGAAAUGGAAUCACGCCAACACAGUCCUAACUAUGGACUCCUGAUACUUUGGGCUUCUCUGGCCAACGCUCCUCCUGUUGCAUUCUGGACACUUGGCUUUGUCCUGUCUCAUCCUGACAUCCACAAGACAAUUUUAGAAGGCAUAGCUUCUGUGUUUGGCGCUGCAGGUAAAGAUAAGAUUAAAAUGUCGGAUGAGGACUUGAAGAAGCUCCUUCUAAUUAAAUGGUGUAUUCUGGAAGCUCUCCGCUUGAGAGCCCCUGGUGUCAUUACUCGAAAAGUAAUGAAGCCAGUUAAAAUUCUGAAUCAUACAGUUCCUUCUGGUGAUCUGCUGAUGUUGUCUCCAUUCUGGCUACACAGAAAUCCAAAAUAUUUUCCCGAACCUGACUCAUUCAAACCUGAACGCUGGAAAGAGGCAAAUUUAGAUAAGAAUGCUUUCUUGGACCGUUUCAUGGCUUUUGGAAGCGGGAAGUUCCCGUGUCCUGGAAGGUGGUUUGCUCUGUUAGAGAUCCAAAUAUGCAUUAUCUUAGUGCUUUAUAAAUAUGACUGCACUCUUCUGGACCCGCUACCAAAGCAGAGUUGUCUCCAUUUGGUGGGAGUCCCCCAGCCAGAAGGGAAAUGCCGAAUUAAAUAUAAACAAAGAACAUGACUCCAUUGGGGCUCAAGAGGGCUGGAACCUUCGAGAAGAGUGAAGUAACCCGGCUCCUGCCCUCCAAGCAUCUUGACCUGAAGACAUCCUAGUGGUAUACAUGUUUCAUAUCUGAAGACCACGCAUCUGAUCCCACUGUCAGGAACACAGAAACCCCAAUUCAAGGAUUAGAGAAAGGGUUCAAAUGACUGUUUAAAAAUUGAUUUUAAAAAAAGUUGGAAUUUGGCUUCAUAUAUGACCAUAUCGAAACUUCAAGUAGAAAUGUCAUUUGAAUGGAAAUAUUGGUACAUUAAAUUCACUGUGAAGGCAACAUUCUUAAAAUUCUAUU